CACACACACACACACAACAGCCUGCCCAGUGCACACAGAUUAAAUCACACCCGUACACAUCAUUGUGGGAGAAGCAGGGAAUGGGAGGAGUGCUGCUAGCUGCUGGGAUCAGUCAUUGACAUAAAGCGCCGCAGUGAUCCUGGCUUCCUCCCCCGGCCAGCAAUGAUGCUGCUGUGAAGGACAAGGCAGCACUGACAGACAGUGUGUGUACACACAUCAGACAGGCAAGACAAGAGGCUGAAAAUCGCAGGGAUACACUGCACACUGUUCAGGUUUGAAGUAAAUAGAAUCAGAAAACUGCAAUUCCUCUGUGCUUGCUACAUUCCCAAGACGGUGACAGAUAUAAGUGAGAGGGAACGGAGGCUUCACGAACAUGCCUGUCAUCUCUAGAAGGAAUGGAUACUGAAUAAUGAUGUCCAGGUUGGACAGGGAUUUAAGGACACAAACUACAUUGCAGACAGGGAAAAGGCAUUCCAUCAACUGGAAUAAGCCAUCUUUCUUGCAUAUCGGAGGGGAUUGCCAUGAAAUCUACUGAGUUGAGGACCUACCAGUGGUUGCUGCACUCCUUUGCUCACCCCUGCUGGGACUGACUGAAUUGGUACUUGCCUGUUUGAUCAUCAGCCUCUGCUUUUACUUUUGUGUGAGGUGCACAGUAUACCUGGCAGCCUACUGCAGCAUCCAGCGCAGCUUUCAAGAAGUACAGUGUCCUUCCAGCCAACCACAUCACAAGGAACAUGGGAUGUCGUCAAAGCUCUGAGGAGAAGGAGGCAGCAAGGCGUUCCAGACGGAUCGAUCGGCAUCUCCGCUCAGAGAGUCAACGCCAGCGCCGCGAGAUCAAACUCCUGCUGCUGGGCACCAGCAACUCGGGCAAAAGCACCAUUGUCAAGCAGAUGAAAAUUAUCCACAGCGGUGGGUUCAACUUGGAGGCAUGCAAGGAAUACAAGCCCCUCAUUAUCUAUAAUGCUAUAGACUCUCUCACACGCAUUAUCCGCGCACUUGCCACUCUCAAAAUAGAAUUCCACAACCCAGACAGAGCCUAUGAUGCUGUUCAACUCUUUGCCCUGACUGGACCCGCUGAGAGCAAAGGAGAGAUCACACCCGAACUUCUUGGGGUAAUGAAACGCUUGUGGGGUGACCCAGGUGUCCAUGAAUGCUUCUGCCGGUCCAAUGAGUAUCACUUGGAAGACAAUGCAGCCUACUACCUGAAUGAUCUUGACAGAAUUGCGGCAGCUGACUACAUUCCAACAGUAGAAGAUAUUUUACGUUCAAGAGACAUGACCACAGGCAUAGUGGAAAACAAGUUUACUUUCAAAGAGCUGACAUUUAAAAUGGUGGAUGUGGGAGGGCAGCGGUCUGAACGGAAGAAAUGGAUUCACUGUUUUGAAGGGGUUACAGCAAUAAUAUUCUGUGUGGAGUUAAGUGGAUAUGACCUGAAGCUGUAUGAAGAUAACCAAACAAGUCGAAUGGCUGAAAGUUUGCGUCUUUUUGAUUCUAUCUGCAACAACAACUGGUUCAUCAACACGUCACUUAUCCUGUUUCUGAACAAGAAAGAUCUCCUUGCAGAAAAGAUCAAACGAAUUCCAUUGACGGUGUGUUUCGCAGAAUACAAGGGUCAGAAUACAUAUGAAGAAGCUGCUGUCUACAUUCAGCGGCAAUUUGAGGACCUGAACCGCAACAAGGAAACUAAGGAAAUCUACUCCCACUUUACCUGCGCAACAGACACCAGUAACAUUCAAUUUGUUUUUGACGCAGUCACUGAUGUGAUAAUUCAAAAUAACUUGAAGUACAUCGGACUCUGCUAGGCAAUGGUCUAUCUAAUACUGAACAGAAUCCAUUCAGGAUGCAGAAGGUCAACUAUAAAAUUAAACAGGAUAAAUGCUAGAUUUGGCAGUAAAAGAUGACAAGGAAAAUUACCACAGUGAAGAUAACUGGAUAAGGUCUGACUAUUGCACUUGUUUAACUAAUUCACUGAAGUUCUGGUGAUUUGCAAUCCAGUAUCAUGAGUUCCAGUAUGGAAUCAUGAGAAACACUGUGAUCUUUGAGAUAACCUCUCAUUUUUAUGUGAUAUGACUGAGCUAUAGUUGAUUUGCUCUCUGCCAAUCCUGACAUCAUACAUGCAAUCUACAAAAUCAAAAUUCAAGUUAGAUGUAUGCAGGUCAAAGAAAACUAGUCAACGUAAACACAGGAAACAGUUCUUUUCCUCAUGUUCGGUUAAAAAAAGGGGUCACAUAUUAUUUGACUCCUUGUAAAUAAGAAAUAAUACAACAAAAGAUUUUUAAGAAAAAAAGAAAUGAAACAUUUAAUUUACUUGAUAUAAUUGAUAUGUGAAAUGUUUCGUCCUCCAUUUUUGUUCCGAACUACACACCACUCUUCAAACAACUGAUACUGAGUUUACAUCGCACUGGUCGUACUAUAAUGAAAAUGUCUUAUCGAUCCAGUUCCAUAAUCCAGUACAGAAAUUCUACAGGGAAGAGCGAAAAGAACAACUUGGAAACUGUGGAAACUGCUGUGCUCUAACAAACGUUUUACAUUUGGGCUAGAAAGUGGAGGAAAUUAAGAACCACAAAAAUAUAUAUGUAAGUUUUGCUAAUCUGUAAAGUAUACUGACACUACCAUGACCUGUUUCAACUUGCUGUUUGGGUUUCUGUGACAAUGAAAACCUUUUGAUGACGGAACAACACUUUUGUAACUGAAAGUGAAAUGCUCUGCAUACUGCAUUGAUUUUUCUCUCAUUUUUUCCAUGCAAAAUUCACAUGACAGAAGUAUGUAAAUACAUUAGAAAAUGUAAAGUACACACUAAAAUAAAAAAAACAAACAACAUCUAGUAUGUGAACCUUCAGUUAAGGGCUUUGAGACAAAUUUUAAACACUGCUCACUUUAAGAAAUGAAAUAAAAUGAAUUAUGUUAUUAGUGAGAA